GCCAAGAAGUAUAAAUAGAGGUCUCGAGCAUGGGACCAGACAACAGCUUUCAUCGCUCUACUUGUGCAGACUGAACCUGCUCGCAAUCUACAAUCAGCAUGGCUCCUGUCAAAGUUUACCACACUGCUCUGACCACGAAAGAAAAAAUUAAAAUAAGAAAACCUGUUGUAGAGAAGAUGCGCAGAGACCGCAUCAACAACAGCAUCGAGCAACUGAAAGCGCUGCUUGAAAACGAGUUCAAAGCGAAUCAGUCCAGCUCCAAGCUCGAGAAAGCAGACGUCCUCGAGAUGGCCGUUCUUUACUUGCGGGGCAACACGCAUCCAGCCACUCAGUGCCACUCGCCUUCUCCCCGACAGACCUACACGGAGGGGUUUACCAAAUGCCUGGAGGAAACCCUCCACUUCUUAUCCACGCACGAGAGAUCCAAAGACUCUCAACACAAGCUACUGAAGCACUUUCACCAGGCCGAAUGGAAGGGUAACGGAGACCUGCGCAACCCGGCGGUGCCACCGCAUUGCCAUACUGCCAUCCGCGCUCCCAAACGUCCCGGAGCAAGCGACAGAAAGCCGCUGUGGAGGCCGUGGUGAACGGGCCAUCGUCAAAUUUAAAGACUGUGUUCAUGUAAAAUUCCAGAGGACGGGUUGGCUUCUUGUGCAGCCACAGUUAAAUCGUUCUCUUCUCAGUAGGAAAUGUUUAUUCCCGUUUUUAAAUCUAACCCUUGUAGACAAAAGUUGUCGUUAAUUCUAAUAUUCUUUAUAGAAUGGUUUAUUUUGUACACUUUUGCAUUUAACAAUGCUGUAUUACUAACUUCACUACUGUGAAGAGAUUUUUCUUUACAUAUUGUAAAUGUUGUAAUUGCCUGUCUCAGGGUGCUUCCGAGGAGGGAUUUUUACGCUUUGUAUUCAGAUAUAGAUCCCUAUACUUCUGGCUUCUGUUUCAUAUGUGAUCGUGCAUUUAUCAUAUUGAUAGUAUUUUUGCACUUAUUUCUAUCAUGCAAUCCCGUGUGAAGAAAAAUAAAUAAUUUAAAACGAA